AUGGUCAGCACCGUCGCAUUCUCACGAGCAGGCUCGCAAAUAGUCUCUGGGUCGGAUGAUCACACGAUUCGACUAUGGGAUGUGGAGAGUGGUCAGUCAUUGGGAGAGCCACUAGGAGCCCACACGCGCUUGGUCACCUCUGUUGCAUUCUCACCAGACGGGUCGCGACUCGUCUCUGGGUCGAAAUCACACGAUCCGACUAUGGAACGCGGAAACUGGCAAAUCGUUGGGACAGUCACUCCACGGCCACACAGACACUGUCACACUACCGUUGCAAUCUCGCCAGGAGGCUUGCAAAUGGUCUCUGGGUCGGUGGAUAAGACGAUUCGACUAUGGAAUAGGAGACUGGAGACGGUCGCAUUCUCACCAGACGGCUCGCAAAUUGUCUCUAGCUGGAAUCAACGCACGAUUCAACUAUGGAACGGGAGACUGGCCCACACCAUCGGGACCCACUCCAAGGCCAUACACAUUGGAGUCAACACUGUUGCAUUCUCACCAGACGGCUCGCAAAUCGUCUCUGGGUCAUCAGAUAAGACGAUCAGAUUGUGGAGCGUAUCCACUGGCCAGUUGUUGGGCGAACCACUCCAGGUCACACACAGAGUGUCAAUGCCGUCGCAUUCUCACCAGACGGCUCCCAAAUUGUCUCUGGGUCAAAUGACGAAACGGUUCGGCUAUGGAGUGUGGAGAAUGGCCAGUCUUUAG